CCCGCAGUCUCUCUCCCUUCUUCUCACUCGACAUUCGAAGAGGAGCGCUACUCUGCACACUCAGUGCUCCGCUCAUAUCCUGCGCCCUCCCUCUUUCCUCAGAACGGUAAAAAAGCGAAAAAAAACCUAAUUCCAGCCCUUCGAAAACCAUUUUUCUAGAAAAGAAUGAAAAAUCGCUGGAUCGUCAUGAAAUCGUCGAAGAUUGGAGGCAGCGAAAAGAAUCGCGGUCUCACCGAUCACGUGCUCAGGCUCCAUCAACGCCUUUCCAACGCCCUCAGCCUCGGGAUCAAAUAUUAUGAUAACAAAGAGAGGAGGUGGCAAUGCACAGAUGUGGAGAUACAAGGGCUUGCAGUUCGCACAAUGACUGCAUUUAUUAGUUGCAUUUCAUCUGAUAUGUCCCAACAUCCACUUGUGGAGGACUCAAUUACCGAUAUGCUGGUUGCACUGGAAGGAAUCCUUCAAUCUGGAAAUGAGAACGUAUUGAGCAUGGCAGUGAAUGCAACAACAAAGUUGGUUGAACUUUUAGGCAAUUCCCUACUCCAACGUCAUGUUUUGGAGCUUGUUCGUCCUUUGUCACGCUUGUUAUCACUGCGUAGAUCAUCAAUCACAGUUUCAUGUGCAAUUGCUUUGAAUCGCAUCCUCUCAAAGCUAACACCUUUGAGACUUGAGAAAUACAAAGAGGUGUGGGAAGUUGUGGAGGAAACAAAUGCAGUUGGCAGCAUCGUCCGUUGUUUACAGGAUUACGUCAACGGAAUUCAACCAGUUGAACAUUUCACAGAGAUGGCAUCUCUUUUAAGGACAAUACUGUGGCGGUGGCCUCCCUCUAGGUAUCUUGUUUGGAGUAAUUCUGAACUAAUGGAAGGGCUAGGUGAUGCCUGUGCAAAGCCUGAUUCUGCUGUUGCAACUGCUGUUUUGAAACUAUAUUCUGCUUUAGCUCUAUGUGGUAAUGGGGCCAUGAAGCUUAUUCAAAAUGGAGAAAAACUUCUGCCUAUGAUAGUGCACUGCAUGGGAAGCUCACAGCCACGCCAUAUUCGGAUGGAGGCCUUUACACUCUCUCAACAUUUAAUGAGAUCUUCCAAAGGGUGUUCUGAAUUGUCCGGGAAAUGUUAUGAGCCUAUUGUCAGAGGCAUAAUUAAUGCAAUGAAUGACUGGAGAUCACCAUGUUCUGAGAAGGUUCCUCCUGAUCUGGUGCCUUUGGUAGUGGAGGCGUGUUGCUCAGCAUUAUUUACUUGUUGGGCCAGGGAGCAUCAUUCUUAUUUUUGGAAGCUUGGGAUCGACAGAAUCCUUCUUGAUCUUCUUGUAAACAAUUUCAGCAAAAUUGAUCAAUCUCCAGCUUGUGGUCCAUUGGAAGAGCUGAUAGCUGCACGGAAGGGCCUUUAUGCUCACGGUCUUCCGGUUAUAAGGCCUUACAUCUGGGAUAUACUUGGAUUGCUUGCAACAAACUGUGGAGAAGAUUUUGACCCAACCAUAUACGGAAAUAGGCGUCACCUUAAUGGUCUUAUUGCCUGUGCAUGUUCGGUGGCUGCGGAUUCAAUUCGUGGAGGGCCUCAUUCUUCAGAAAAAGAUUUCCCAACCACAUCAGAGCGUGAACCAGCAUGCAGAGCAGUUUCACUGAUGGUGUAUUCUCCCUGCAAGUAUAUUGCAUCACAGACUAGGCACUUUCUAUCAUUUGCAUUAAUGCCCAAUGGAAAUGAGUAUCUGGAAAACAUGCUCGCUACCCUUAAAUCAGCUGCCAUUGGGGAUACCUUUGCAGCAUCCGACAACAGCCGACUCGUCAUUAGCUUAAUGAGUUUCACAUUUUAUUUGAGCUUGCCACAGUUUCAGAACCUCAUUGUUGAAGGUGAAGCUGUAAAGACGUUAUCAUCCUUUAUCAGGGUGUGGGUGGGCAGUGAUAUGAGAGUUCGAAGGACGAGCAUCGCCCCACAUUUACAUAACACAUCAAGUGUGAGAAAGUGCUGCUUGUUCAAUAUGGAAGAUUGGGAAGGCGGAGAUGUUGUUUUGUUUUUCAGCCUCCGAGCACUUUCCAAAUUGAUACAGCAUUUUGAUUUCAAAUUCAAUCACCAAGUGAUAACCUCACAGCAUAUUGGCAUUGUAGAGUUGGUGGAUUCUCAAGAUGGAAAUUUAGUUGUCUGGCUAAAGGAGCUCUGCAAUAAUAGCACCUUGAGUCCAGGACCUAGAUGGUAUGCCGCAUACAGUCUUAGUUUUUUUGGCUUCUAUGGUUUUCAGAGUAAGCUUGGCAAGAGGGUCGAAAAAGCACUAAAUGAGAAUGAACUUGCUGACCUGCAACUUGUUCUUUCGGAUGGCCAAAGUAUAAGAGUUCAUAGCAUCAUUCUUAAGUUUAGAUGCCCUUCUUUGUUGCCACUGCUGCCUAUGGAGAAAGCAUCGCUUGAUGGUUCUAAUGAACAGCAAGAUAUCAAGCAAUUGUGCAGAAAGUUCCAGCGGGAAGUUCGUUUAUCUCCUCGCGUGGACAACUGUGCUUUGAUGAAGUUGCUAGAAUUUGUUUAUACGGGAAUUUUAUGGGCAGAUGAUGGCCUUGUGAAACAGUUGAGAAUGCUUGCAAAGCGCUGCAACUUACAGUCAUUGUCAGAUAUUCUUUACAGAAAACAACCAAAGUGGGGCGCUGGCAUAACUGGCUUUGACUUCACUCCUGCUCUUGGACCAGCUGGAUAUCCUUUCUCUGACAUCAUCCUGGAAGCUAAAGAAACUGGGGCAAUGCUUUGGACUUGCAGUGUUUGCUUGCUAUCAGCACCGCAUGUGCAUGCCCACAAAAUCAUAUUGUGGUCAAGCUGCGAUUAUCUUCAGGCACUAUUCCAGUCAGGAAUGCAGGAGAGUCGUUCACAGAACUUGAAGAUUCCUUUGUGUUGGGAAGCACUAGCCAAAUUAGUCAGUUGGUUCUAUUCAGGGGAGUUGCCGAAACCAAGCCAAGACUGCUUGUGGAAUAACAUGGACAUGGAGCAGCAGCUAUGUGAGCUGCAGGCUUACAUAGAGCUUUCUUCACUAUCCGAAUUCUGGUUUUUGGAAGAUGUCCGGAAAGAGAGCAUUGAUGUAGUUCUGUCUUGCCUGAAAUCUAACCAUCAGUUGUGCCUCAAGAUCAUCCAGUUUGCUGCGACCCUUGCUCAGCAGGAAAUAGUUGAAGCUGCUGUAAGUUACAUAGCCCCUCUGUAUCCUAGGAUGCGUGACUCAGGUGAUCUUGAAGUUCUAGAUGAAGAGCUGCGUGAUGUUGUUCGGGUUGCAUAUGUUCGUUUUUGUCAAGAGGGUCAUCAGCGGACUGAUUGAACAUGCUGAAGGACUGCCCCCAUUGGAAAUCUCUACUUUUUAAUAGCUGCUAGCUGACAUGCUGGUUUGCAUUUUGCGGGCCCAUGUUCCGCAACUUGUUGAUUGACUGGUUCAAAUCAAGAGAGGAACGGCCUCCUUUCUGAAGGAUCUGCUAUGGUCCAUGGCGUUCAUUUUCGGCAGGGUUGGAAAUACAGAUUCUAAACAACAUUGAUGACAAUCUAUUUAUACUGGAUUGCUUUUUGGGGAGUUGAAACUAAGAAAAAGCUGGCGCAGAACAUCUACUGAUUGAUUACUUGGGGUACAACUCGGGUGGGUGGGUUCAGGUUUAGGAUCAACCCGAGCCCAAUCUGACCUCAAGAGGACCCAACCCGCAACCCAACCCAACCCAAGGUGCCCAACCUGUCCCGACCCAACCUGACACGGCCUGACCCAACCCAACCCAACCCAACCCAACCCAAGGUCCUCUAUACUCGACGCAACCCAACCUGGCCCAAAUGAAUGCAACUCCUCCCAACCUGACGUAACCUGGCCAAAACUCAACCUGAACCAGACUGAAUUCAGAUCAGGUUGGCUUCUUUACAACCUGAACCCAACCUAAGGACCUAGACAGCCUGAACUGAACUUAUGUUGGGUCAUUCGGGUUUGGGUUGAUCUGAAUCAAGUUGCAGCUCUAUUGCUUACACAUAUCUUCCUGAAUUUGCAUUUGGUCUUUUCUCUUUCUUUUCUCCCUGUAAGUUCAAACGUGUAUCUUUAAGUGAGCGUGUAUCUUUAAGUGCAAAACCUCUGUAUAAAAAAGUCAAAGAAAUAGGUUUGAUGUUUGCAUACUGUGGUUGUGUUCAUUUGACUUAGGGUGUGUUGGGGUGCCUUAUUGAAUUUAUCUGUUAUUAUUAAUGUAAUAAAAUGGGAAUGGAUCAAAUUAUAAGUUUGUUUCUCGGCGUUCCCAUUGAA